GUACAGAUGAAAACUGGAACACCUAUGAUCAAACAAAACCAGAGUGCACCCAAGAUGGGAAACAAGAAAGAACACAUAAGCCAGGAGAGAUUGCAGAAGUUGGCUUUUGCCCCAGCUUACGCACAAAGAGAAGAACUGGAGCCUUCCUAAAUUUAAAGGGUUAUAUCAAGUGUCAGAGUAAUUGGAUAGAGCCAAAAUGAUUGGUCUGGAAUGAAUUUCAAUGUUAGAAUUUCUCAAUAAAUAAUGUGACCAAUGUGGGCUUCUUUUAUCUACUGGAACAAUCACUGUCCUUAGUCAGAAAUAUGGGUCUUUGGUUGGUAUAAAAUCUUCUUUAGGUGGUAUAUCACCCCGGCAAAACUGGCAAAAUUUGAUAAGAGGAAGAAGGGGGAAGAGUGCUGGAAAUGCAGGAAAGAAAAAGGGGAUUUUUUCCACAUGUGGUGGGGGUGUAAGAAGAUCAAAGGAUUCUGGAGAAUAAUUCACAAGGAGAUGGAGAUAAUAAUACAAAAAAAUUCAUGUUUAAACCGGAAUACUUACUAUUAGGUCUAACGGACUUUUCUAUGGACUUAAAUAAUGAAAAACUUUUUAUUUAUAUGAUAAGCGCAGCAAGAAUUGUAAUUGUGAAGCAAUGGAAGACACCGGAAAUACUGUCACUAGAACAAUGGACAUUGAAAUUGAUGGAUAUACAAAACAUGGACAUGCUAACGCAGCUAAUCUCACCAAAAUUUCAAACAAGGACAAAAACGGACUGGAGCAAUUUAAGUAAAUAUUUAAGGGAAAAAAGGAACCUGGAAAUAUAGAAGGAACUACUGUAAGAAUAGAUACUCUCAGGUCUUAGGAAAACAAGCUCGGGAAAAAAUAGGAAAGAUAAGAAAUAAAUGGCAGAGCAGUGGAGCUGGAAGACAAUACAGAAAGGAGGGAGGGGUAUGGGAAACUGGGGUUUCAGUGGUGUAUUUCAUAUAUAUGUGUUGUUGUUUUUUUUGUCUUUUUUGUUGUUGUUUCUUUUUUGGAUUUGACUUGCCUCCUUUCUAUCCCUUUUUAUGUACAGUAAUAACUACAAAUAAAAUGGUUAAAAAAAAAAGAAAUAUGGGUCUUUUCUACUUUUCUAAUUCAGUCUUAUGUGUGUUGGUCUUUAAUAUUUACUUUAUAUUUUUUACCAUGUCUAUUUAGUAAAAAGAGGAAACGUGUUAUUGCCACAUUUUAGCUGUGAUAACAUUUCCAGAACGAGUAAUAAUGAAAACAAAGACUUCCUCUUCAUUGCUUCGUUUCUUAGAAUCUAAAAGUGCUUAUCUGUGGAUUAGUGUGGUAAUAGGUUCUGAAGAAGCUGUGACAUUGUGUCAUAAGGUUCAUUGUUCCUGCUGCUUUAUUAUACCAAAUUAGCCAAGAUACUUAGCAAAACGUGCUUUGCUCUAGAAACAGGCUCCUACCUCAAGUUAUUCACAUCAGUGGCCUCUUCACACUUGAGAAAAAACAAAGCCCCGGUUUCCCAAAAUGUCGGAAAAUUUGAGAAAUGUUUACAUUGCCUUUGAGGUCAUGAUUGCAGUGCUUGCUAUCUUGGGCAACGUCCUGGUCAUCUGGGUGCUGAAAAUAAACCAGGGGUUUCAGAAGACCAUCUUCUACUUCAUCAUCUCGCUAGCAGUAGCUGAUAUUGCUGUUGGGCUUGUCAUGCCAGCGACCAUCGUAGUGUCUUUAAGACUGCAGAUGCCAUACAAAGCCUGUCUAUUCAUGUGCUGCCUGCCUGUGACUUUCACUCAAGCCUCCAUCAUGUCUUUGCUUGCCAUAGCAAUUGACAGAUAUCUCAGAGUAAGACUACUCAUCAGGUAUAAAUUGAUAACCACUGAGAGAAGAAUUCGUGUGGCUUUGGGAACAACUUGGCUCUUGUCAAUGCUAGUAGGAUUUACUCCCAUGUUUGGCUGGGGAAAAGAAAUACCAAGAAACACAAGCAACGUGCAAUGUCUGUUCACCAAUGUUAUGAAAAUGGAAUACCUGGUGUACCUCAGCUUCUUCACUGGCACUCUUGUCCCGCUGGUUGUCAUGUGUGUCCUUUACGCAAGACUUUUCUGUAUUAUCCGAUCAAAGCUGAAACUAUGUUCAUGCAGUGGAAGAGGACAAAGUGUAUUUUACAAACAUGAAUUUAAGACAGCCAAAUCUUUGUCUCUGGUCCUCUUUUUCUUUGCCAUCUGUUGGUUGCCAAUGUGUAUUCUGAACUGUUUCACACUUUUCUGCCCCAGUCUCUGGCUCCCAGAUUAUGUGGUUUACUGUGCUAUCGUACUCUCGCACUCCAAUUCUGUCAUGAACCCCAUUAUCUAUGCUUUCAGGAUAAAGAAGUUCCGAAAAACUUGCAUCCAGAUUUUUAGAACCUAUUUUCUGAAAGUGGACACAGAACAGGAUGCAUCUGAUGGACAUACUUCAUCUGACCCAUUGUAGGUGCCUUAUACCAAAUCAACCAUUGAUUGAUCGAUCAAAUAUAUUCUAUGCUGACAAGUUGCUAACCAAGGGCUCACAAAAGGCCUCAAACCUGCUUAAUGCAAAUCUAUAUUCAACUGGAGAUGCCUAGAACUGAUUUUCAAUCCUGCCCUGAGUUAACACCACAUCUUCGCCAGGAACUGGACAGGGGGAGUGUGUCCCUGCUGGUUCUGCUGGACCUCUCAGCAGCCUUCGAUACCGUCGAUCACGGUAUCCUUCUGGGAUGCCUUGCGGGAAUGGGACUUGGAGGUACUGUUCUGCAGUGGCUCCACUCAUUCCUGGAGGGUCGGUCCCAGAUGGUGUCAUUGGGGGACACAUGCUCGGCCCCACAACCGUUGACUUGUGGGGUCCCGCAGGGCUCUGUGUUGUCUCCCAUGUUGUUUAACAUCUACAUGAAGCUGCUGGGAGAGAUCAUCAGGAGAUUCGGGGUCCGGUGUCUGAUGUCCAGCUCUGUCACUCCUUCCCACCUGUCACUAAGGAGGCUGUCCAGGUCUUGAACCGGUGCUUGGCCGCUGUGUCGGACUGGAAGAGGGCCAACAAAUUGAAAUUGAAUCCAGACAAGACAGAGGUCCUCCUGGUCAGUUGGAAGGCCGAACAGUGUAUAGGGUUACAGCCUGUGCUGGAUGGGGUCACAUUCCCCCUGAAGGCACAGGUGCGCUGUCUGGGGGUAAUCCUAGACUCAUCGUUGAGCCUGGAGCCCCAGGUCUCAGCGGUGGUAAGGGGAGCCUUCGCACAAUUAAAACUUGUGCGCCAGCUGCGACUGUACCUUGGGAAGCCGGACUUGGCCACGGUGGUCCACGCUCUUGUUACAUCCCGUUUAGACUACUGCAACGCACUCUACGUGGGGCUGCCUUUGAAGACUGUUCGGAAGCUUCAAUUAGUCCAACGGGAGGCUGCCAGGUUAAUAACUGGAGCAGCGUACAGGGAGCGUACCACUCCUCUGUUACGCCAGCUCCACUGGCUGCCGAUUAGCUUUCGAGCACAAUUCAAGGUGCUGGCUUUAGCCUAUAAAGCUAUAAACGGUUCCGGCCCAGCUUAUCUGUCCGAGCGUGUCUCCCGCUAUGACCCACCUCGAAGCUUAAGAUCAGAGGCCCUGCUUGCGGUCCCGUCAGCCUCACAGGUGCGGCUGGCGGGGACGAGAGACAGGGCCUUUUCAGUAGUGGCUCCCCGCCUAUGGAAAGCCCUUCCCAUUGAAGUCAGGCAGGCUCCCUCCCUCCUGUCUUUCCGAAAGAGAACAAAAACGUGGUUAUGGGACCAGGCAUUUGAGCAUGAGUAGCAGCAAAAAUGAGAUAUGAAUAUAUGACCUGACAGACCCCACCUGGACAUGGAAAGUGCCUUAAAUGUAUAAUUAUUAUACAUUUAAUAAUCUUUUUAAUGUAUAUUCUUAAUUUUAUUGUAAUUUUUAAUCUUGAUGGAUUUUUAAAUUUGAUGAAAACUGUUUUUGAUGUGUAUGUUUAUAUUGUAAGCUGCCCUGAGUCCCCUGAUGGGUGAGAAGGGCGGAGUAGAAGUGAUGUAAUAAAUAAAUAAAUAAAUAA